UCACUUCUAUAAAACGUGGACUGUUGCAUCCAUAUACCGACCCUGCUUAAACUUGAACAUUUCAGUUAUAGAAAUUUGAAAUCUCAAAUUUGGUUUCGAAGUGUAUUUGCUACUUUAUCUGCAAAAUUUCAGAGUUCUAGCUCCAAGAUUCAGUUCUAUUUUCUCCGGAAAAAGAAAAAGAAAAUAAUUCUGAAAUUCAAAUCCAAAGGCCGGAAUGGAAAACUCGCAUAUGGAAGUAAGUUGCAUAUGGGCAGCGAAAACUCAAAAACCUACUGAGUCUCUAGAUCAGAAAUAUUGGAAGAAAAUAUUUAUAUCAUCGUGUUUGUGUGCUGUCCUAUUAGAUCCAUUGUUCCUCUACGUUCCUAUUCUGAAGGAUGAUAUCAAGUGCCUUAUGUUAGAUCCAAAGUUGAAGAUAGUCACUCUUCUUUUAAGAUCACUCACAGAUUUUUUUUAUUUAAUGGACAUCAUUAUUCGAAUGUAUAGAUCUGAGAACUAUUCGAGUUUAAUCGAUGAACUUAACCACAGACAACACCAGCUGAAUUUUAAUUUUGUGCUGAACACUUGUGUGCCAAGAAUAGCCAAGACAAUAUGGGCGUCAUAUGAUAUCUUAAUUGACAUUGUAGCUCUUCUUCCCCUUUCACAGGUGGCAAUCCUCGUUUUCUUCUCAAAAAUGAGUGACUUGAGAUAUUUGACUACAACAAGGAUGGUUCUUAUGAACGUUUUCACUAUGUUGCAAUAUGUGUCACGAGUUCUUCGCAUCUACCUCUUACUUAAAGAAAUCCAAAAAAUGCCUUUAAAAGAGGAGAUUAGAGCGACUUCAACAUGGGUUAAAGGUGUUCUCAAUUUCUCUAUGUACAUCAUUGCUAGUCAUGUAGCUGGAGCCCUGUGGUAUUUUUUUGCUAUUCAACGAAUGAUGAUUUGCUGGCAUUCUGCAUGUCAAAAAAAUGAUGGAUGUGAUAACAGAAUGUUUGGUUGUCACGAUCACCACUUCUUUAGAAAUACCACAAUUCUAAAUGAUUUAUGCCCUGUCAGUGUUGGUGACAAUUCAUCAGGCACGAUGUUCUUUGAUUUUGGUAUAUUUGCCACUGUGCUUAAAUAUGAUGUUGUAGGAUCAACCAGUUAUUUCAAAAAGUUAUUGAACUGUUUCUGGUGGGGUUUGCGAAAUUUAAGUUCCUUUGGUUCAAAUCUAGAGCCAAGUGCUGAUGGAUGGGAGAAUCUCUAUACGGUUUUUAUUUCUAUAAGUGGCUUGCUUCUGUUUUUAUAUCUCAUCGGAAAUUUGCAGAUGUCUAUGCAAUUUGAAACUACAAUAAGAGAGGAUCAGAAACGCAGGAUGAUAAUCAAACAGAAACAAAAGAUGCUGCUAAUCGAACAAAAGAUGGAAAAAAAAGGUCGAGAUAUAGAAUUAUGGUUAUUUAAAAGAGGAAUUCCCACCGGGUUGAAUAAGGGUAUGAAGUUGCGGAUGAUGGAAAAAGUACAAGAAGCACUUAAAGGUGAUAUGGAUAUUAGUUUGGAUGAUAUUCUCCCUCUUCUUUCCUUUUAUGAUCAAAGCCGUAUAGAAGAUUAUAUGCCUUUGACAAGGUUGAAACAAGUGCCAAUGCUUCGAGGGAUAGAUGAACAUGUGUUGAAAACAAUCUGGCAGAAAUUCGAGCCUGUGAGGUAUACUGGGAGUGAGAACAGCUUUAUUAUUCAAAAGGAUGAACCACUUGACAAGAUGGUCUACAUUGUGGACGGAAUUGUAUCCAUUGAAGAGAGAUCUUCUGAUGAUUCGAGACGAGGUGCAGGAGAAUUAUGUGGAGAAGAACUUCUACGUUGGCCAUUCUCCUCUUUCUUCCAUCUUAGAAAUCCGUUGGCAACUGAAUCUGUCAUGGCAACUGGUGUUGUUGAAGCCCUUGCUCUCAAAGCAUCGGACUUGCGAAGUAUAUACCACCAACCAUACAUUUUAGAAAAAGAGGAGCGUAGACACAGAAGGAUGAUGAAAGAGGAGUUUAAGCUAAAUAUAUAUGGAUUGAUACAAGACAAUGAUAUUUUUAAAAGGUUGAAUGAGGAUGUAAAGUCGCAGAUCAUGGAAAGCGUAGAACUAAAAAUUCAUCAAGAUGGUCUUUAUUGGGAUUUGCUCAAUUGGGAUCAACUCGUUUCUUAUCUUCCCAAGGAUUUUCAAGAUCAGAUCGAAAGGUACUUGCCAGUGACGAAGUUGGCGAAGGUGCCAAUGCUUCGAGGGAUAGAUGAACAUGUGUUGAAAACAAUCUGGCAGAAAUUCGAGCCUGUGAGGUAUACUGAGAGUGAGAACAGCUUUAUUAUUCAAAAGGAUGAACCACUUGACAAGAUGGUCUACAUUGUAGACGGAUUUGUAUACAUUAAAGAGGGAUCUUCGUCGAGACGAGGUGAAGGAGCAGGUGCAGGAGAAUUAUGUGGAGAAGAACUUCUACGUUGGCCAUUCUCCUCUUUCUUCCAUCUUAGAAAUCCGUUGGCAACUGAAUCUGUCAUGGCAACCGGUGUUGUUGAAGCCCUUGCUCUCAAAGCAUCGGACUUGCAAAGUAUAUACAUGCAAUCAGACAUUUUAGAAAAAGAGGAGCGUAGACACAGAAGAAUGAUGAAAGAGGAGUUUAAGCUAAAUAUAGAUGGAUUGAUACAAAAGAAUGAUAUUUUUCAAAGGCUGAAUGAGGAUGUAAAGUUGCGGAUCAUGGAAAGUGUAGAACUAAAAAUUCAUGACGAUGGUCUUUAUUGGGAUUUGCUCAAUGGGGAUCAACUCGUUUCUUAUCUUCCCGAGGAUUUUCAAGAUCAGAUCGAAAGGUACUUGCCAGUGACUAAGUUGGCGAAGGUGCCAAUGCUUCGAGGGAUAGAUGAAGAUGUGUUGAAAAUAAUCUGUCAGAAACUCAAGCCUGUGAGGUAUACUAAGAACAGCUUUAUUAUUCAAAAGGGUGAACAACUGGACAAGAUGGUCUACAUUGUAGAUGGAUUUGUAUCCAUUGAAGAGAGAUCUUCUGAUGAUUCGAGACGAGGUGCAGGAGAAUUAUUUGGAGAAGAACUUCUACGUUUGCCAUUCUCCACUGACUUCCCUUUCACAAGACCGUUGGCAACUGAAUCUGUCAAGGCAAUUGAUGUUGUUGAAGCCAUUGCUCUCUACGCACAGGACCUGCGAAGUAUAUACCGCAAAUUAGACACUUUUGAAAAAGAGAAGCCUAGACACAGAAGAAUGAUGAAGGAGGAGAUUGAGCGAAAUAUAGAUGGAUUGAUACGUAGAAAUGGGAUUCCUGAAAAGUUGAACCAGGAUGUAAAGUUGCGGACGAUGAAAAAUGUAGAAGAAAAUUUUCAACAAGUUGAUCUUUAUUGGGAUUUGCUCGAUUGGGAUCAUCUCGUUUCUGGUCUUCCCUUGGAUUUUCAAAAAGAGAUCAUAAGUUACAUGCCAUUGACAAAGUUGAAGCAGGUGCUAGCAUUCCAAAACAUGGAUUAUAAAGUUUUGAAAGAAAUUUGUAACCACCUUCAGCCCAUGAAGUAUAAUCGUACCGAUAACAUUAUUGAAAAGGGUGACCCAAUUCAAAUGUUGUUGAUUGUGGAAGGAAGAAUAGGCCAAGAAGGUUGGGUAAAAAACGCAGGAGAAAUCUAUGGAGACGAACUUUUGGUCUGGCCAUUCUCGACUUCUUUUCCUAAUAAAGUACCUGCAGCAGCUAAGUCUCCUUCUGUAAUUACGGAUGUUGUUGAAGCCCUUGUUCUGACGGCCAGUGACAUGGAGAGUGUAGCUACUAAAUUCCGGAAGCAUUUCAUAAAAAAUUACGGCAAAUUCGUACGGAAAUCGGAAUUCGACCUUUCUACUGACUAUUAUUCUGAAGGGGCCAUUAAGGAGGCCACAAGAAACUACACUUGUUUGAACAAUCCAAAUGAAGAAGGCUUUGGAACAGUUUACCACACAGAAUUAGAUGGAAGAGUUGUUGCCAUAAAAAUGUGCAACAGUGCUGCUGGUGACCCGUUCAUCCAGAGUCAACGUCUUGUCCAUGAGGCAUUUGUUCUUUUACAUAUCAGUCACAAAAAUGUGGAGAGGCUGUUAGGUUGUUGUUUAGAGACAAGAUGGCCUGUAAUGGUUUAUGACCGCACCGAUGCUUUGACUCUUGUUGAGCACUUUCACAGAAACAAAUCGAAACUCUCGUUGGAAUCACGAACGAAGAUAGCAGCGGAAACUGCAGGAGCUCUAGCACAUGUGCACUCUAGGUCAGUCAUACACCGAGAUGUGAAGACAACGAAUAUAUUAAUAGAUCGUACAACGCACACCGUAAAAGUUACCGGCUUUGGAGCUUCACGAUUGCUUGAUGAAGAUGAAGGUGAAAUGGAAGAUGAAGUGUCAACUUUGCCAGGGACAUCCAGACACUUGGACCCUGAGUAUCUUAAAUCACACGACGUCUAUAGCUUUGGAGUUGUCCUAGUGGAGCUACUAACGCGUCAAGAGACAAUUUCUUCUGACGGGUCUGAGACAUCCCUAGCAAACGACUUUGUUUGUUCAGUGCAAGAGGAUCGCUUGGGCCAAAUUCUCGAUGGUGAAAUAAACACAGACAAGUUUAGUUUUGAGAAGGCCAAAAAAGUGAGCGAGCUUGCCGUGACAUGUUUGAGGUCAAGGGGGGAGGAAAGGCCUUCAAUGGAAAAAGUAGCUGAGGGGCUUGAGGGACUAGUGCAAACUAUUAGAAACAGGGUAGAGCAUUCUACGGUGGACGAUAAUGUAUCUACGGCCUCUAGAACUUCCGAGUGAAUUAUUGAUGUGAACCCCGUGCGGCUGGUUUCAGUUUGAGUGUGUGCUUGUGAAAUAAUUAGGUAUCAAAUAUUGUAACUUUUAUAUUUUUGCCCAUUUCAUUUAUUUUUGCA